UCCCAAACGAACAACAUACUGUUUUGGAAAUCAACAUAAAAAAUUUGCGGUCCCUAAAAUAAUUCGAUUAAGGAAAUGAAUAGUAUCGAAGUAAGAGGCGCAACAUUAAGCUAUGACCAAAAAAAUCCAGUUUUAAAUGGAUUAGAUUUGACUGUUCAAACAGGUUCCAUCUAUGGCUUGAUUGGUCCAUCAGGAUGUGGAAAAACUACAUUGUUGUCAUCAAUACUAGGAAUGAAGCAACUUGAUAGUGGAACAAUAAAAGUUCUUGGACAAAAAGUUGUGUAUGAAAAAUCAUCGAAAUUUUCAAACAUGAUUGGAUACAUGCCACAAGAAACAGCAUUAGUUCCAGAACUGACAAUUAAAGAAACUUUAAAUUAUUUUGGAAAUAUUUAUCAAAUGAAUCAAAUUUUAUUGAAACAGCGACUUAUCAUGAUUUGUGAUUUAUUAGAACUGAAUGAUGUCAAUAAGCAGGUUAAUCACCUUUCUGGUGGUGGAAAAAGACGAGUAUCAUUUGCUGCUGCUUUAAUUCAUGAUCCUAAAAUUUUAAUUCUUGACGAACCAACAGUUGGACUUGAUUCAAUUCUCCGUGAGAAAAUUUGGACAUUCUUGAUUGACUCUACAAAAUCCUCAAAUAUGUCUGUGAUCAUCACAACACAUUAUAUUGCAGAAGCAGAAAGAUCAAACUACUGUGGAUUAAUGAUUAAUGGUGUUUUAUUGGCAGACGAUCAUCCAAAAAAUAUUUUAGCAAAAUUCGGUGUUCUUAAUCUUGAAGAAGCUUUUCUAGCUUUGUGCUUAUCAAAAAAAUCUAAAGCAGAAGGCUGUGCUAGUAAUGGAGUCCAUUUCCCAAACUCAGCAAGCACAUUUGAUGGUUCGAAUUCAAUCCAUGCAGAUGACUCGAGUAAUUCAACAAAAAUAAAUGAAAAUAUAAUUGUUGAACUAGACAAGCGAAAAACUUUCUCAGGACAAACUUUCAGGGCACUUUUUAAGAAGGAAGUGAUAAGAAUACGUAGACAGCCUGGAGAAAUUUUCUUCACAAUUCUAUUUCCAUUAAUUAAAGGCAUUCUCUUUAUUUAUACAAUGGGAAAAAAUCCAAAAGGACUUUCAAUAGGUGUUGUCAAUAAUGAAAUAUCCGACAUCAAUUAUUGUUCAGAAUAUUUAAAAUCAACAAAUUAUGAAUUCAACAAUAGCUCAUGCAACUUUGAAAAUCUAUCGUGCUAUUUUCUGAAUGAAAUUCGAGACGACACGGCAGUAAAAAUCGGUUACAACUCUUUUGAUGAAGCUUAUAAAUCUGCAAAAGCAGCAAGGAUUUAUGGAUUCUUAUCAAUUGCUUCAAACUUUACAGAAGCUAUAACCAAAAGGAAAUCUGAUUGGCAAGCAUUGACUGACGAUGUCUUUCUAGACCAAAUUGAUGUUUAUUUAGAUCAUGAAAAUUUGCAAAUUGCUUCAUUUUUAAAGCUCAGACUUUUUAAAGCUUUUGAAAAAUUUAACAAAAAACUUUUGCAGCAAUGCGAUUUAAAUGAAAAAUUAGAGGAUAGUCCGAUGUCGAUUGAGACUUUUUAUGGAGAUUUCGAUAGUGAUUAUGUCAAAACUUUGAUUCCAGCGCUAUUCAUACAGGCAAUUCUGCUAAGUGGAAUUCUAUUUUCACUUUCAUCAAUCGCUCAAAGUCGUACUGGAGGUGUUUGGAAUCGAACAAUCAUAGCUGGAGUUACAGUUUCGGAAAUUAUAUCCGUGCAAUUCACACUGUUAUUUAUAUCAGACAUUGUUCAACUUAUUGUCCUUAAAAUAAUAACAGCUACUUUAUAUGAUGGUGAAAUAGUUGGUAAUCAAUGGAUUCUUGGAUUUUUUUGCCUAAUGGUCUACAUGACUGGAAGCAGCAUUGGAAUAUUUGUCUCAAUUCUUACAAAUAAUUUACUGAUUUUAAAUACUGCUGGAAUGGUAAUAUUUUUCUUUGGUGGAAGUUUGUGCGGUGGAAUGUGGCCAAUCGAAGGACAGCCUAAGUUUCUUCAAUAUUUGUCAGUCACUAUACCGACCACUUUACCAACAGUUACGGUUAAGAAUAUCAUCGCUAAAGGAUUCGAUAUGUCACAUGAAACAAUUUAUGGUGGAUUUGCGUUACUAGGAGCAUAUAUAGCCACGAUGCUAACUCUAUCAUUUUGGUCAUUAAAGAGGACUAAAUUUACAGAACAGCACUAAAUUAGUUAUGAAACUGAAUCUAUGAUUUUAAGACAGCUGUCUCAAAUGAACUCUCGACAGUUCAAAAAGAGAAAAAUUUUUCUAUCCAAAUUCCAAAUUUGUGUCAAAGUUAUGUUUUGUUAAGUUAAUAGUGAACGGU